AUGCCGUAUAUUAGAAAGAAAAAAACCCCGGGAAAGGCUGCAUGGCAAAGAGCACACCCUUCUAAUCAUAAUUUGGCCCGUCUUGAGAAAGUGCCUGUCGGAAAAGAUUUACAAUCCUCGGGAAGCGAUUCAGCUUCAGGCUCUGACGAGUCGGUGAAAAUGGCGGAAGGUUCUGGCAAGGUGCCAGCUUCUUCUGUUACAAUGGAUGAACUUAAAAAGCUGAUUCUGGAAACCAGGGCUGCUCUCAGCAAGCAGAUCGCUGAUAAUGAAAAGAAGGCAGAGGCACGGAUGGGGGCGCUAGCUGACAGGCUGGCUGAGAAUGAGAAAGAGAUAAAGGAAGUUGGGGUUGAAGUUAAAGCUCUUGCAAAAAAACAAGAAGUAUUUGAAAAAUGUUCUGAGGCAAAGUCAAAAGAUCAAGAUCUACAGCUGAUUCGGCUUCAGGACGAGCUUCGACGUUGUAACAUACGCAUCAAGCAAUUUGCUGAAGAACCAGGAGAAGAUUUGAGGAAAGUAGUUCUGAAGUGGUUCAACGACAUGAUGCCAGACGCGGAUAUAAACGACAGCGAUUUCGAAAGAAUUCAUAGAGUGGGAGGAGCAAAGUAUAAGGGAUCAUCUAGAGACUUGCUUGUGAAAUUUGGCAGUUAUUAUAAGAAGGAAACACUGAUGUUUCACCCUCCUGGUGAAUCGAAGACAGCCAUUCUUUUCUUUUAUGCGUGUACACUUCUCUGGGGUUACCCAACUUAUGUCUUUUGGAUUAUGCCGUUAUCUUUUAACACCUUGUGGAAUGUUCAUGCUACCUUCCUGCUUGGCAAUGCACUGAUGUGGUUGCUCUUCUUAAAAGCUUCUGUGAUGAAUCCCGGUUUCCUUCCUCAAGAUACUGAUGAAUAUUACAAGGCCAUCAAACAGGUGGAUUACCUUAAUUACUGGGAAGAGGGCAAAAUCCUGUUGAACAGAUUAUGUCAUAUGUGUCAUCUUGUGAAGCCUCUUCGAGCUAAGCAUUGUCAUGUCAUCAACCGCUGUGUGGCUGGUUUUGAUCACUAUUGUCCUUUUAUCUACAACAGCGUGGGAUACAGGAACAGGCCAUAUUUUGUAGGAUUCAUCGCUACUAUGUGCCUGAACUCUGUAGCUGGGAUAUAUCUAUGCUGGAAUUGGUUUAAUGUCAUGGGGCAUAGCAUUUUCAUUGGGAUCGGAUUUCUCUUUCUCUGUGUCAUUGCAGUGAUUUCAGGAAUGAUGUCUUCAAUGUGCGUAUAUAUGGCAGCAGUCAACUUAACUACCACUGAGUGUCUCAAACCCACAAAAUACACUUAUCUCUUCAACAAUCAAGGGGAGUUCUUCAAUCCAUUUGAUAGAGGAAUUAUACUAAACUUUAUGGAAUUCUUCCAUGUCAUCAGGCCUCUAACUGAAAAUGAACUGAAAACAGCAGAGCUGACUUUAGUCUAA